AUCUUUCUUCCCAGCGCUGCACCGAUGGCCUCUCACUCAAACGUCCUCGCCCAUCCGCUCGGGGACGCAUGUUUUCGGACCGUGCAGCACACCGGUACCGCUAUCGGCAAAACCGAACAAGUCGGGGGCAUGCCAACGUACAUCACCGGCGCCAACCAGACGGAUCCCAAGGCGAUCGUGCUCUUCUUCUCGGAUGUGUUCGGCCCGUUCUACAUCAACAACCAGCUGUUGAUGGACUACUAUGCAUCUCAAGGUGCGCCAUCUGUCAAGCGGCAUGUUUGCUAUGUCUUCCGCAAUCAUGGCUAUAAAUAUGUGGGCCUUAUGCCAUUUGAAAUGAAAGGCUUCACAGUCCUGGGGAUCGACUACUUCCUCGGGGAUCCGGUCACCGAGGCCCGCUUGAAGGACAAGAACUUCGAUCGCAAUACUUGGAGACCUGGCGUCGAGAAGAUCGCGGAGGAGCGAAUACCGGGUUGGAUAGAGGCCAUCAAGCAGCGCUAUCCCGGAGCCAAGUUCUGUACAGUCGGAAACUGCUUCGGCGCUCCGUAUGCAAUGGACGCUUGCAAGGACGACUCGUUUGUCUGCGGCUCAGGAAUACCAGCUGCGGUUGCCCACCCAUCCAAGCUUACCGAGGAUCACUUCACUUCGUUACGAGUCCCCAUCUUGCUGGCAUGCGCCGAAAUCGAUCACGCUUUUCCGGCCGAGCUACGACGCCGCGCGGAAGACAUCUUCGUCUCGCGCAAGCACACAUACCACUUCACGAUAUUCUCUGGCGUCUCGCACGGGUUCGCUGCGCGCGGUGAUCCGAACGUGGAGAAUGACUGCUGGGCAAAAGAGGAGUGCGCGAGAGGGAUUGUGCAGUGGUUCAAGCGGUUCACUAGCCGGCCUUGAGCUUGCCGUUCCUUCCAUCACCCAUUUGGCAGAAUCCUAGCACAAAUGUGAACGUGUACACCUCCCUAUCUAAAACAAAGAGAAUCAAUCGGAUAAUGUUCACUGCAUCGUGUCGUCCUGAGCUGUCAUACAUGCAAUGUACCGUGGUCCAUCGGUCAGCAUCUUGACAAAAACAGGACUAGUUUUGUAAAGGAGAUAAGGGACUCGUUCCCUACAUCUAAUAGAUUGUUUAUGAAUAUUGCAACC